GUCGCCGUUAUGUACCCCGCGCCCGUCAAGCCAGUUUCAGUGCUUCAGCCUUCAGUCAAUUCUUGUGUUUGCGAACUUGUGGGCGUUGAACUGUUUAUUGUGAUAAUGAUAAAUUUAAGUUAUUCUCCAAUUCUAUGAAAUGAAAAUAUUAAAAUAUUAAGUAAUAAUUCCAUAACGGUGUUAAAGAAUGAUUUUGUAGUUCCAAAAUUGAGAAGUUACAACUGGCGUUAAAAACUUAUUCGCGAUGACUGAUAUGUGACUUUACAAGUUUUGUUUUUAAUAUUCCGUUUGUUAAAUCACAUGAUAGCAGACGGAGCGAGCUAAGUGACUCUUGAAGGUACCGUGUGAAUCGGGCUCGUACAAGUGCUGUAACUUGUAAAAGUGUAAUCAUGAAAAAUGUGCUAAGAGUGUAUAGGACGAACUGUUGUUACUAUCUUAUAGUGCUAUCACUACGUUGCUGUACUUGAUCGCUGAUCUGUAGUUUAAGGACUGAGAAUGGUAGUUCAGAGGUAAAGUAGUAAAGAUUCACCGUGGAGCAUCUGGUUGGAGGCGGUGGCGCGGGCGGCCUGCUGCCCGGCGCCUCGCCUGCCCAGCACCCGCCAAACAUGUUGCAGCCCAUGGAAGAAAUGAUACUACCUCCAAAACGUCAAGCUGUUGUUGAUCGUCUAAGAAGGAGGAUAGAGACAUACAGACGCCGUCAGUCGGAAUGUGUGCCAAGGUUCGAUCAGUCGUUCAGCGGCGCAUGUGAACAGCAAAACUUGGAGACGAGUGCACUCCAGAAGAGGUUUCUUGAAGGCAAGGCCAAACGGCAAGCGAAGAAGACAGACCGAAAACCAGACCUGCCAUCCAUAAGCAGCAACCUACAUAGCAGCGUGCAUGUGAGCUGUCAACAAAAAUUUGGGUGUGGUGAUUAUGAACCACCUGCAAAACUACAAUGCGGAGGAAAUGCUGGCGUAAAUGGAGCUGGUGAGGCUCUUACGAAGUUCUCCGUGGAAAUUGUGCAGCAGCUGGAGUUCACGACGUCUGCGGCGGACUCGCAACCGCAGCAGAUAUCCACGAAUGUAACCGUAAAAGCUCUAGCCAAUGCGGUGAAAACGUCCGGAUCCCCGCCGCCACAACAGCAACCUCCUCGAAUACCAACCCCACUAGACUGCGAAAGGGAAUGCAAAGCAGAAUGUAAAUCAGAGGUAGCUGACGAUGAAUUUGUUGGGCUCGACGAGUGUGCUGCUGCUCUGGAGCGAGAUGCGGCCUCCUCUUUCCCUGGCUUGGCGGAGCUGAUAGGCGAAGACGACGGCGAUGAUACAUUCGAAGAUCUCAUUACCGAAAUAUCGGAAUACCCUGAGUUCAUGAAAGAUUUUGAUCUGGAUGCGGGGAAGUUGAAUGGGGGUAAUAUUGGUAGUCUCGAACCGUCGGAAGGAGAACCGGCACCGAGGCCGUAUGGGGCUGGGGAGAUGUCGCCGGCGGCUCAGACGCUUAAGCAUAUGGCGGAACAGCAUCAGCAGGCGACCGGUGGUGAUUGGGCGCGGUACAGGGGCUACGGCAACUACCGCCCUGGACCGAGACCUACACAACCCUCGAUGGACCACUUGCACAUGUCCCAACAGCAGCAGUUACAUCUUUCGCAACCUCAUCAUAAUCUGCAGGUAUCCGCAGCUCAGCAUAUGCAAGUCAGUGGUGGGAGUGGUCACGUUUCAGCGGCUGCCCAGCAGGGACUGUACGCCACCUUCCACAACCAGAACCCAUCACCUCAGCAUCAUCAAGGAAGCAACUGUGAUACGUACAACGUGUCGCAGUCGCAGAGUAUGAGCUUCUCGCAGGGCAUGCGAGCUCGACCCUCGGCGCCUGCGCAGCCAGCCCCUGGCCCUCAGACGCCUCUUGGCAUAGCAGCUGCCGGAAUAACCCGCGAGCAACAAGCCAAGAUGUUGCAGCAGCAGCAACAACAAAUGUUGCGAGCGCAGCAACAGCAGAUGCGUCCACCUCCGCCCGAGUACAAGGCUCGUUUCGUGACGUCAGGCGUAAGGCGGGCUGCGCCCCCCCGCGCCUUUCCCCCCCACGCGAGGCAUUAUUCGCCCGAUUGGAGGCAUGUGCUGAUACAGCAGCAGCAGUCGGCGAGACAACAGUUUCCGCAUCAUCAUCAAGCUGGCUUUAAUAUGGGAAACAUGGGUGGUAUGGGCAAUGUAAGUGGCGUGAGCAGUAUGUCGCAGCAACAGCAAAUGCAGAUGCAGCAAGCGCGACUGCAGCAGCAGCAGCAACUUAUGCAGCAUCAACAACAGAGGACGUCCAGCCAGCAACAGGCGCCGAUGACGCAUCUCAUCAUGCAGCAGAACCAAAUGAUGAGUGUUCAGGGACAGAUGCCGAACAUACACAUGAACCAGUCGCAGAGUAUGUCGAUGCAGGGCGGCAUGGGCAUGGGCAACCACCAGAACAUGCAGAACGGGAUGCAAAUGCACUCGCAGAACAUGAACUCGAUGGUCUCUCAGAACGGGUUAAACCAAAACAGCUUCCCUUCGCUGCAGUCGUCCUUCUCGGGGCAGACGGCGGACUUCAACCUCGACUUCUUGGACAAUCUGCCUUCUUCGGACACGAGCAACCUGACGGCACAGGAGCUGCUCAACUCGCUGGACAAUUCGUUCUUAAACGACAUACUGUAAGGUCGCCGGCUUCGGAUAGUUAAUGUAGUUAGAAAUUUUGAGAAUCACGUCUAAGUUAAUGGCUGGGCGAAACGAAGUACCGGUCCGUCUCUUUUCAUCCCGCUGUGAACGCAAUGCGAUGGAAAGAGACGAAUGAUUGCUUUCGACGUACAAUGUUAUACUGAUUUAGAGUUUAUCAACGGUUUUUUAAUAAGCGUGAAAUAUUUGUAUGAACGCCCUCUGGUGGUGAAAUGUACUCAAUGAUUCAUAUCACAAUUCUCUAAAGCAAAUCGUAUGCGUAAAAAGAUAUUAUAAUUGCGAAUUGCUUUUCAGAGUUGUUUGUUAUCAAUGAAAAUAACAGACUAAGGUAAUAAAUGUUAGCAAUAUGCAAUGAAUUUCGAAGCCAUUAGCUCGGACGCUCGAAAAGCUGCCGUCGGCUAUUGAAAUAGCAAAUUCGUGACCAAUAAAUUGUUGACCAAAGUUAAACGUGAAUUUUUCACCGGAUUUCGUAAUCUAAACGUUAACGUAGCGUUCUUCCUAAAUCUUUAAAUGUUUUACGACAUUUUGUUUUAUAGACUAUUUAUUGUAAUUAGUGUUCGGUGCGAGGACGCACUUGUAUAGAAAUUGUAUAGAUUUUUGGUGAAGUUUACUUACGGCGUCGUCCGGCUGAAGCGUUGCCAUCUUUCAGUUUUCCAUUUUUGCGGUAGAUUUUUUUAACUGUAUACUAUUUAUUGUUAAUAUAGGCGUAAGAUAGCACAAAAGACAUUCAAUAAAUUUUAUUUACAUCGAAAUACAUUUAUUUAUGACAGUUUGGGGCAAUAUUUUAUCUAGCAGUGUGUUCGUUUCGACCUCCUUUCGAGAUCAUGCAGUCCGCCUUCGAAUGGCCCAAAAUGUAGCGAACGUACAUUUAAAUGGUGUAAGCCCGAUCGACCGAUUUGGGAGCCGCUCGGAGCUUCAAUAUUUUGACAAAAAUCCUUGGUAUAUUAUAUUAGACAAUCUGACAUUUCCUCUUCUAUUUAUGUGGGUAGUUUCAGUGAUACCGAUCUGACUACCCUCCAUUUGUCCUAUUAACUAAUUAUGAAUUUAUAACAGUCAAAAUUUUCGGCCAUUGCAAAUUUUGAGUGGCUCUCGAAUUGAAACGGAGUAUCGGGCGAUAGUUUAUCAUUCCUGUACCUAAGAUGUAAUUAGUUCUACUGUGAUGGUCUCAGUGGUGAAUAGGUUAAUCAAAUAUUGUUAUUGUUAAGAUCUCAUGUAUCAUUUAGGGGUGAGGUUUUGGAAAUCUGGAUUUUUUUUUGACAUUUUCAUAUUUGAAACUGCCUUAUUAUUUAUAAAGCUCUCUUUAAACAAUAGAUGUUGACAUUCCAGAGCCAUUGUUAACAAUGUUUUAACUUUAGGACCAAUUUUUGAAUGUUCUUUUAAAAAUAAUAUUACAUAUUGAAA